AUGGCAUUUGGUUUGCUCCAAAAUGAGAAAUUCAACGAAGUUGGAGUGAUCAUUGUGAAGUGUUUUAAGAAGUAUAAGCUGUUGGACCCGCCCAACAAGAUACCAUUUGAAUAUCCCAAGUACAACCACAUCAUUUCGCACACCUACGUGGCAAAUGGGAGGGCUGUGGAUGCAAUCAAGGCGUGUAAGGAAAGUGCGCGUCUCGGUGAGAUUUGCUCGGGUGCCACUCACCCGAUGACAUUGCACGUCCGAUACAGCAUGGCAAACCACCUAUACCUCGCGGGCAUGGUUGAUGAAAGCUUAAAGGAGGCUUUGAUUAUUCUUCAAGCGAUAAUUCAGGUAGUUGGAGGAGUCAAUCACUUCACACUCGAAAGCCAUUCCAUGUGUGGCUCACUCUAUGUUCCGUUGGGCAUGCUUAAUACAUUGGAUUAUCACUUCGUCACCUGUCUCGAUCCUCAUAAGAAGUUCGCUUGGGACGAAGAGUGCAUCGCGCGUGCCCGUUUUCUCUACUCAGACGUCCUACGCCGCCUCGGCCGGGAGAAAGAGACUUAUUUGCAACUUGAACUAGUGAGAGCUUUACGGGACGAAUGCCUGAUAAAGUAUCCACAGUGGCUGAAGGAAGAUCCCAACAACGAGCUCGUUGUGUUUGAUCAAAUGACCUGCCUGUAG